AUGACCAAUCGCACUCUAGGAAAAGACAAAGCUCCAAUUUGCAUUAAACUUAACAAGCCACCGUUGGAUCCAGCUUUGGAAGCAGAAAUGAAGCAACUUCAAUAUGCCAUGCUGUUAUCAAAGAUCAAAACUACUUUAGAAAAGGAACACCAGAAUGAUCCAAACUGCAAUGUCAGUGGCACGAAGGAUGAGCAUGGACGAGAAAUUGAAGAAGACGAAAGUGACAUGAAUGAGGAAGAUGAAGAUGAUGAUGACGAUGAUGUUGAAGAUGCAGAUGAUGAGCAUGAUGACGAUGAUGAUGACAAUGACAACGAUGAUAAUUUGGGUAAUGCAGGUGUCCAAGGAGCCGAUCCCGAAGACCGUGAUCCAAUAUUGAUCGGUCCUGAUUAUGAUACCUUUCCUCAAAGAUCUCCUCUAAGAAAAUUACCCUCUAACAGUGAUGACCCGAAAGAAGCUUCACAGCACAAUCAACAGGUUUCAAAUGACCAUCCCGAAGAUUUGUCUCGUGCGAUUGUACCACAUAUUCCACUUGUGAACGAGACUCCUAUCAAACGUGAAGCAGCGACUGAGGGAAAAUUGGAAGCCUCACCUAUUCUCCUCAGCUCAGCAAGUGGUGGAAAAGGGGAAGCACCACCUCAGGAUGAACAAAUUGACACAUCGCCAACCAACAUUGAAGUAGAUUCAACUCCAGAGUCCCCAAGGACUAUCAUGAACCACAUGCGAGAAACUGUUCAUACAGCCGAGACCAUUCAUUUGCAAUAUUUGGUUCUUCGAGAAAAGGAAUCAAAGGUGUUGGAUGACUUAUGCAAGAAGGUAGAUCACCUAAUGGCUACCCACUCUAAACCUCCGUCUCCACCUCCACAGCAACCUCAACCGCCUCAACAAACUCAAUCAGAUCACAAGUUCCUGGAGCGAAUUGACAAGACUCUUCAUGAGCUUAAUACCUCUGUUAACAAAUUCGCUCGACAGCAACACGAACUCAAGCACUCUCAUUUCGGUCUCAAGGAGCGUGUUGAUUUGAUUCUGGGAUAUGCCCAAGACAUCUUGGCUGCGGUAAAUAAGCUUUCCGUUAUUCCUCCUACCAUCUGUGCCGCUGAUGCCAAAAAGGGGGAAAAGGACAAUAAUGACGACAAGGACAAGGAUGAUGAUCAUCCGAGAGAUACUACGAAAGAACAGUCUCCAAAGGGAACUCCAAAAGAUCGGCAUUCACCCUCUCGGACACCAAGAGACUCUGGCCGAAGAAACACAAAUCUGUCUCAUCCACCUUCCAGGUCUCGUGGUCACCGUUCCUCAAAACCAAGAUACCAUGGUCGAUAUCAAUCCAGAUCACUCAAGCCUCGCCAAUCUUUUGGCUCUGAAGCCAAAUACAUCUUCACAUGUCUAUCCAAGAGAGAACAGACGAAACUAAGACAGAAAUGCAUGAAGAACAACAAAAUAACUAUGGAUGGCAUAAGAAACUUUGUGGAUUUUGUACCCUAUGAAGAAGGAAGUGGUAAACGUUUUGAGGGUUGCAAUGUCCCUAUCUGGCUCAAGACAAAGGACAAUCAUACAAGGCAAAAUCACAUAAGCACUCAAAACGAAAGGAUCAAAAGAGAAAACAGAGAACUAUGGAAGAAACACGAUGAAGAAGUCAAAAGAAGAGAGGAUGAAGCAAAAGAAAGAGAAAGGAUAAAGAAGUUGAUUGAAGAUCUCUCAAAUGUGACCAAAGACUCUCCACAAGGUGUCAUGCACAAUGCAGCUUUUAAAGUGCACGCUGAGUCUGGAAAAAGUUAUCAAGAAGGAAUGAACUCAUUUGAACUGAUUUCGUGGUGGAAAGCUGGAAUAAUCGAAGGAAGAAACAUUCGUGAAGCAUACAACAACUACACAGGGUUGAACAUCAAAGGAAAACAUGAAAAUCUUGUCAAGACAAAUCCUAUAAAGAUCUUCAGACAAAGGAUCAAUGAGGAAAUCGACUUCACCAGAAUGCUCAAACAACAAAAGGAAAGGGAUGACCGUGAACAUGAGGAAGCUGAAAAACAGAAGUCAAAUCUUUUGGAAAUGUAA